GAAGCCAAAGAUUUAUAAAGGAGCAGCAUAGGCUGGAUACGAAUAAUUACUUACCACCCAGAACUUUCUUAUUAAAAAAGAGAGAGAGAGAGAAUAUGAUGAGUUCAAACCAAUAUGUCUUGUUAGUUUUCUUUGUUUCUCUUAUAUACCACAACACUCUUGCUUCUCCUUGGCUCCAAAGGGAUGCGCUUUUGGAGUUCAAAAACGAGUUCCCCAUCAAUGCAUCCGACCCAGAUGAUCCAAUAAAUUCAUGGAACAGGAGCACUGAUUACUGUUCUUGGGAAGGUGUCACAUGCGAUCGUAAUUCCGGAAAGGUUAUAUCACUCGUCCUCGACUCAUUCUAUCUGGACGGCUCUUUGAAAACAAACAGCAGUCUUUUUUCACUCCAACAUCUUCGUAACCUAUCCCUUGACCAUUGCGGUCUCAGAGGAGAGAUUCCUUCUUCACUAGGAAACCUUUCUCAUCUCAGAGUUCUUGACCUCUCUAAUAAUCAUUUUGAUGGUGAAAUCUCCUCUUCCUUGGGCUAUCUAAACCAGCUAACUUCCUUGAGCAUUGGGUCCAACAAUCUCACAGGAAGGCUUCCAACUUCACUAGGAAACCUUUCUCGACUCACACAACUUGACCUCACUGAUAAUCACUUGGAUGGUGAAAUUCCUCCUUCAUUUGGCAACCUAAACCAAGUACUAUCGGUCAGCCUGUCCAUGAACAAUUUGAACGGUACCUUUCCAAUCUCAUUUCUAAAUCUCACCAAGCUAAAUGCUUUAUAUCUUUUUCAAAACCAAUUCACCUCUGGAGAUGAUCUCCCUCUUUUUCUACCAAAUUUAACCAGCUUGUACUACUUAGACCUUAGCUAUAAUCACUUUAAAUCCACGGUUCCUGACUUGAGUGGACUCCACAACUUACUCAAGAUUGAUCUGAGUGGAAACUCCUUUGUUGGGAAUUUUCCCGCUUCUCUGUUAAAGAUUCCAUCACUUGAAGCGGUUUAUUUGGAGGGGAACCAAUUCGAGGGAUCUUUAGAGUUUCAUAAUGCAUCGUCAUCGUCUGUGGAUACUCUACUCCUUUCUCAUAAUAAUUUCUCUCGGGUUUCAGAAUCCAUAUCUGGACUUGCGAUGCUCUCAUCUUUAGCUCUUGGCUAUAACAGUUUCGUAGGACCAAUCCCAGUUUCCAUAUCUGGUAUCCCCAAUCUGUCACAGUUAGAUCUAAGCCAUAACGGUUUCACUGGCCCAAUCCCUGGAUCUAUGUCCAAAUUAGUCUACCUCUUUAUUCUUGAUCUCUCUUACAAUAAGUUGGAAGGUCAAGUACCUAGCUUCGUGUGGGGAGUAUAUGGGUUGACGCUUUCUCAUAAUUAUUUCAGUAGCCUCGAGAAACCACGAAAAGUUGUCGACGACAAAGAUUCGAUUGACAAAGUUUCCUUUGAUCUUGGUUCGAAUUCACUCCGAGGACCAUUCCCCCAAUGGCUCUGUAAGGUCAGAUUAUUAGAAUUCUUGGAUAUGUCCAACAACCAUCUCAAUGGUUCCAUUCCUCCAUGUUUUUUGAACCCUCCUUUUCUUAAAGAGGUAAGUCUACGAAAGAACAACCUAAGCGGGUUUCUUCCGGAUAUGUAUUCCUCCCAAGAGUUGAAGUCACUAGACGUUAGCGGCAACCAGUUAGUGGGGAAGCUUCCAAGAUCUUUGAUCGGCUGCAACUAUUUGGAAUUUCUGAAUUUGAAAGGGAACAAUUUGAGAGACACGUUUCCAUCCUGGUUGAGAUCAUUGGAACGUUUACGUGUUCUUUUGCUGGGAUCAAAUGCAUUUUAUGGACCAAUCUAUACCCCUUCCUCCUCCUCCACAGAUUUUGGGUUUUCAACUCUACGUGUCAUUGACAUAUCGCAUAACAACUUCAGUGGAACCUUGCCACGAGAUUAUUUUGCCAACUGGCUUGAAAUGUCAUCGGUAUGGAAAGGGGAAAAAGAUUGGUCUGAUCUCCCUAUGUACGAAGGCAACCAAAUGGACAGAGGCAUGUAUGAAAAUUCAAUGGUUAUGAUCUACAAAGGUGUAGAAACAGAGUUUUCCGAGAUCUUACUUGCCUUCAAAGCCAUCGAUUUUUCCGGAAACAAUUUCAGCGGAGAGAUCCCUGAAUCCAUCGGUUUGUUGAAGGGACUGCGUCUCCUCAACUUGUCAGGUAAUUCAUUCACAAGUAGCAUUCCAUCAACCUUGGCGAAUAUAACAUAUCUCGAAGCACUCGACCUCUCUCGCAACAACCUCUCUGGUCAUAUUCCUCUUGAUUUGGACAACCUCACCUUCUUGUCAUACAUGGACUUUUCCCACAACCUUCUCGAAGGUCCAGUGCCACGCGGCACGCAGUUUCAAAGGCAAAACUGUUCUUCAUUCGCAGACAACGUCAAACUCUAUGGUCUCGAGGAAAUAUGUGGACCAAUCCAUGUCCCGGAUGCAGCACCACCGCAACAACCCAAGGACUCGUCGUCCGAGCCUGAAGAUGUUUUGAACUGGAUAGCAGCCGCAAUAGCCUACGGACCUGGCGUGAUUUGCGGAUUGGUGAUCGGACAUAUCUUCAAUUCUCACAAACACGAAAGGUUGAUGAGAAGGUUCCGUCGAAACAAUCCAAGUGGUACAACAAGAGUGCACUAAAUCCCUUUAUAUGUUUCGGAUUAUUGCAGAAAGAAAGAAGACAUUUUGAAACUUUAAAAGUGACGUUGUGAUGCUGUUUGGUAAUAAAGAGUUCGUUUCAAGCUCGUUGAAGUUGUAUUAUAUAGUAGGGAAAAUUUAUAGAUUUGCGUUUUCAAAGUGAAAUGUUUGAAUA